AUGAUUUUAUGACCAUAUUAGCAAUCAGCAUUCCUUUCACUGCUGUUCUCUCGCAUUCCACCUUAUCACUGACUGUGACUGCUUAAAUCUCCAUCCCGGUAUCUCAGGAUUUGAAAGACUGAACACACGCCCGCCCCGCUUGGUACUUAUCGCACACAACCGAGCGCCGCUUUUUGGCGAUUUUUGAUUUGAUCCGUGAUACCCUCAAUAUUCCCGAAUUCCAGCAUCACAUCUGCUGCGAAAACCCAUUCAAUAUGGCUUCCCUCGACCCUAACGCCCCGGUCACCUCCCUUCCCUACACCUGCAACACCUGUCUCGUUGCUUUCCGCGGCAGCGAUGCCCAGCGGGACCAUAUGCGCAGAGACUGGCAUCUGUAUAACAUGAAACGUCGGAUCGCCUCUCUGCCCCCCGUAUCGCAGGAAACGUUCAACGAGAAAGUGCUCGCCGCCAAAGCCACCUCAACGGCCGCCGCCGCCAAGGCCUCGUUCGAAAAGACCUGCGCCGCCUGCCAGAAGACCUUCUACAGCGAGAACUCGUACCAGAACCACGUCAAGAGCUCGAAGCACCGGGCGCGCGAGGCGCGAUUCAACCGCGACCACGCCGACGAUGCCUCGUCCGUCAUGAGCUCGACGUUCUCGCUCGGCGAGCCGAUCAACAAGCCGCGCGAACAGACCGAGGUGUCGAAGAUCACGCAGGGCAUGAACGCCGCCACGAUCAAGGAAGACGAGAACGAGGACGCCAUGGACGAGUCGGCCGAUGACGGCGAAUUCAACCCCGCACGCUGCCUCUUCUGCCCCGUCAAGUCGGCCGACGUCCAGGAGAACGCGGACCACAUGCUCAAGACCCACGGCAUGUUCAUCCCCGAGAAGGACUUCCUCGUCAACAUGGACGGUCUCCUCCACUACCUGCACCGCAAGAUCAACGAGAACAGCGAGUGUCUCUACUGCCAUGCGAUUAAGAACAGCCCCGCCGGCAUCCGCACCCACAUGCGCGACAAGGGCCACUGCAUGAUCGCCUUCGAGACGGAGGACGAGCAGAUCGAGAUCGGCCAGUUCUACGACUUCCGCAGCACCUACUCCGACGACGACGAGUGGGAGGACGAGGAGGACGAGGACGAAGACGAGGAGAUGGUCGAGGAGGGCUCGGGCGGCGUCAAGGUCGUCGGCGAGGAAGACGGCUGGGAGACCGAGGACUCGGCCUCGUCCGUGGACGGCGACGAGGUGCUGCCCAAGAACGCGCCGGUCGUCUACAAGACCGACUACGAGAUGCACCUGCCGUCCGGCCGCAGCGUCGGCCACCGCUCGCUCGCCCGCUACUACCGCCAGAACCUGCACAACUACCCGUCCGCGUCGGAGCGCGCCGAGCGCCAGCUGGCCAUCGAGAACGGCGAGAUCGAGGAGGAGCCGGCCAAGCCGCGAGGCCGCAACCUCAACCGGGCGGUCAUCACGCGUGCCAACGGCGGCACGGGAAUGGUCGGCGCCACGGACAGCCAGAAGCACGUGGCGGCGGCGUCGGAGAAAAAGGAACGAACCCGCGCCAUUCGGCAGGAACAGAGAUAUACCGCUCGGGUGCAACGCGCCGCCAACCACCAAAAGCACUACCGGGAUCCCCUCCUGCAAUGAUCUCGCGUCGAUUUGCAUCUUCUAAGACGAUUGAUAUCCUGUUUUCUGUCCGGCAUAGACGUACACGUACACAUACAGAUCCAUAUCCCCAAUGCAUGUUUCUGUUCCCCCUCUAUGUCUUUCUUUCUAAUGUUUUGACGCCUUGUUGUGUUGCUUCUUCGCGGAGUUAAUGAAUGGUCCAACGACACGUAGAUAUUGACGGCAUGAUACAUACCUUUACCUACAUAAAAAGUUUGAAUGAAUUGAAAGAAUCUGUUGAUUUGAUUGGAUGAGUUUUUUACGAUCUGCGGGUUUAUUGCAGGGUGAAAGCUUAGCGUUAUAGAGAAGGUAUGGUUUGACUGAAACUGGG